AUGGGCGCCAGCGACUCCAAGCUCGUCUUCAAGAAGGGCAUCUUCAGGCUCUCCGAGGAGAGGCACAUCCCCGCCGACGACCCGUACUGGACUUCCUUCUGGGAGCUGCCCGAGUCUCCCGAAGACAUCUUCAGCCUCUUCGCCCCUGCCGAUGUCCGCCGGACCCGCGACCGAGCCCUCGAGAACAUAGAAACCUUGAUACUGGCAGUCACCUCGCGUCUCUUCUCACUACGCCACCACCCAUCCUUUCCCGACCCCGAGCUCGCACCCGAGCGAGAUGCGCUCAACUGUAUCCGUGUGCUGACGCGACUGUUCCCUUUCCUCUACGAGGCCGACCGGCUUGAGCCAUGGGAGACCAACUUUUUCUGGAGCUCGAGGCGGAAGCGGACGAGACGCUCUGCCCUGGCAAACGAGGUGCUCUUUGACGAAGCCGAGCAGGACAAGAAGCACGAGCCGCCACCAGUGGACGAGUUUGAGGACGCCAAACCUCUUGCAGAAGAGCUCAUAGACACCCUCAUCGACCUCCUCUUCUUCUCUGACUUCACAACACCCCGGCAGGCACAAGGGAAGUCCAAAGUGACAUAUGCCAUCUGGCAGAGUGGCGUGGGCUGCAACACCACUGUAGCCACGACCAAAGAGUUCGAGUCGAACCGAUGCGAGAUCCUCCGGCUGCUCCUGACCAUGGCUGGCCAGAGCAUGUACAUGUCGCCGAAUCUGCUCCCGACAAAAGGCACGCGAGCACUUACAUAUAUUUGCACAUGUCCUGACAAGCAGGUCGUGCUGUCGGUCCUGUGUUCAUUGCUCAACACUACCCUGAAAUACAACCCUGCAAGCUGGAAAGUACCAUACAACACGUUGGUGUUCCGAGAUCCAAAGGAGAUUCUGGUUACAUACACGCUCCAGCUCCUGUUGGUGCUGCUUCUUUAUCCUAUCCCCGAUCCCGAAACAGGAUCGGCACCGAAAAACUACUACCGUCAUUUCGUCGGUAGAUUACAUCGGCCUCAAGAUUUCCAGUUCAUUGUUGAUGGCAUGACAAGAAUCCUCAACCAGCCUAUUCAAGCCACAUCCUUUCACAUUCCUGGUACGCAGGCGACCACAAAGUUCUCGCCAGAGAUGAUCAUGCUGUUCUGGGAGGUCACGCAAUGCAAUAAACGCUUCCGCUCAUUCAUGAUCGACACCGAUCGGGCGCAUGAUUUUGUCAUACUGAUUCUGUUCUACGCGACUGAGUACAAGGCGGACGCGUCGAAGCAAGGCGUAGUGCGAAUGUGCGCCUUCUUGUUGCAGACUCUCAGUGUGGAAAACAACUUUGGCGUGAACCUCAACAAGAAGUUUGACGGCCAGGACACGCUUCCGCAGGUCAUCAGGAUUCCCGGCUUCAGGGGCACUUAUGCCGAUUUCCUAAUUCAGUCCAUCUACAAUCUCAUUUCGACCAGCCAGGGCAAGCUUUCAGCGGUGUACCCUGCACUCCUCGCCGUGAUCAACAAUGUUUCGGCCCACGUCGAGAACAUCAACACCACGACUUGCACAAAGCUAAUGCAGCUGUACACAUCCAUGUCAUCGCCAUCGUUCCUGCUCGCCAACGACAGCAACCACGACCUCCUUAGGUCCUUACUCGAGUCCAUGAAUGCCAUUGUGGAGCACAAAUACUCAAAAAAUCCUCUGUUCAUAUUCGCUCUUCUGAAGAACAAGAAGCGCUUCGAAGCGUUGCGUUCGUUCACAUUAGAGAGUGGCCAGGCGGAGAUAGAGCGCAGGAGUCGCUACAGAAAGGAAGACGGUCAGCCAGUCGACCCCAUGGACGUCAGCUCGCGCCGAAGCUCAGUUGACAGCAUACUCAGUCCCACGUCCACACACCCCAGAACGCCCACAUUGAGCAACGUCCCAGAGGAGGACUCCGCUUUCGCUAUCGGUGAUGAUGAUGACGAUGAUGACGAUGAAGACGAUAGCGAUGAUGACGACGACGAGGAGCCCGGAGAGCCAACGCCUGCUCAGUCGAGUCCUAGCGAAAACCCUUCACGCGCAUCGUCUGUAGCAGAUGUCGAGGACGCCGUGCCCAUGCAGUUGAGGGGCAUGUCGGAGAAAGCAAGAGGAAAGAUGCCCGCUGGCUUCCCUUCCUUCUCGCGACAGAAUAGCACAACCAGCCUGGCAGGACGGUCUGUCACCUACCAAUCCGUGACUGGUGGGUUUGAACCGUCCGCACAAUGGAUCGAGAGCUGGCUUCCGGAACUGCCUCUGCACACCAUCCUCACCGUCAUCCAACAGCAAUCGGCACUAGUAAGCAAGCAGGGCCUUGCAGGCGAUGUUCCAUCUGCAUCGACCCUCAAGACGAUACAAGAAGCAGAGCUGUACGGCGUGGAACCGUCCCCGGUGCGCGUCCACUCCUUCGAGUGGUCACCCCUCGCGCUCGGCUGGUACGAGUCGCUUCUCUGGAGCUUCGUCUUUGCCAGCGAGAUGCAGGUCGCCCGGGGCACCGUGGGCAUCUGGAACGGCACGGCCAUCAAGCUCUUCCGCGUGCAGGAGACGGCCGCCGAGGGCCCCACGCUGACCUCCCCCCGUGGUGCUGUUGAUGCCGUCGGCAGCAACAUCGUCUCCCGCAUCGGGUCGAUCAACCUCCGCGGCCCGGCGGCUCCGCAGCUCCAGGCCCUGCCGAUCGGGUCGCCAGGGAUGAAUGCGCCGCCGCCCGCGACGACGGCUGCGGGGCGCGAUCCUCUGCCACGGUCGGAGUAG